AUGACUUCUUCAAAAGGGGCUUCCCCGCCGAUCGUCAACAUCCCCAGUGACGUGCGACGAUCUCCGCACGUCAAUGAGGCCUACAGCCGAGCAUUGGAUGAACACGGUCCGGUGAUCAUCGUGCCUCGACAUGGCCGACAUGAAUACAUCAUUGACCAUCGACACGCGAAAGAGGUUCUGACCGAUAACGACAACUUCACUUUUGAGAAGGCGGCCUUGGAUCUUCUGCAUUUCGGCUUUAUUGCCAUGUUCGAUGGCGGUCGCUUCGUCCACGACCUCGAUCAUGUCGUGGAGCGCAAUGUUCAACCGCGCAUGAAUGCCAUCAUCGAGCGCUUGUUCCCAAUCUUUGACUCGUAUUUUGAUGAAUUAGCGAGGACCCUGCCGAACCCGGCAGAUGACAAGAGCGCCGUGGAAUUCACCGACCUUUUCAAAUUCAUGCAGAAAGCAAUCGGGCACGCCAUGGUCAUUCUCAUCUUGGGCCCUCAGCAUUCCUCUUCCGAGACAGCAAAUCAAUUUGUGUCUGUCGCGGUGGCCAUGGCUAACAUGACCGGGAUGCACGAAAAUACCGAUGGAUGGGCUUGGUUCCCCUUUUUGUGGGUGCUGGUGAAUGGCAUCUCGGCCGUGUUGUUCAGUAUUAUCCCCGCCUUCUUCUUUUGUGUGAUGCCUGCGCUAUGGAAGACAAGGCAUGAGCAUCUUCAGAACGGUCUCUCGGCCCGUCAUGGUGCAUACGCACCACUCUUUGAUCUGCUUCUGGCGAAGAACUACGAUGGCAAGACCGGCGUAGGUGCCUUGUUUGGAUUUGUGUGGUCUGCCGUCAUCUGUGUGGGCCUCAUCUUCGCCUCGAUCCACCAGACCGCAGUGGCCGGCUUUUGGAUGCUCAUCCGACUCGCUGAAAAACAAGAUGAGUACCUUCCCCGGAUUCGAGAGCAAUGGGGAUCCCUUGUCCCCGAAGAUGGAUCUCUCGAUGUCAAGACACUCAACCAGAUGACCCUUCUGGACUCGUUCAUGAGGGAAGUGUUCCGUACCAAAGGUGACACCUGGGGCCCAAUCCGCUCAACAAAGAGACCCGUUCAAAUUGGACCUUACCUGCUCCCCAAGGAUGCAAUGUGCAUGAUUCUGGUGAAUCGGGCUCACACUCAUCCGGACAACUAUGGAACCGAGGGAGAGAAGUUUGACGGGUUCCAAUGGGAGAGGAAAGGCAGAGCGGCGGUACAAUCUGGGCCGGAAUUCCUGUCGUUUGGGAUGGGCAGAUGGGCCUGCCCCGGUCGCCAGCUGGCUGUCAAUGAGAUCAAAAUCCUUCUUUACCUCUUCUUCUCCAAAUUUGAUAUUCAGGUGAAAGAGGGAAGUGUCGAGGUCUUGAACACGAUCAAUACAACCUCGGUGCCGCCAAAUGCGACGAUUAUACUGAGAAGGAGACUACGAUGA